AUCGGCAUGAACUUCAAAAACCGUUUGAAGUUCACUAGAAGAUCAUGAAGACACAUCGCCGUAUUCGAUGUUGACAAGUGAUUUUGAAACCCCCUGCGCAAAUAGCUUUACUGAAUUACCUUUAAGUGAUCAAUCGAGCUCUCAAAUCAGCUUGUAGACAACCUUUCGAAGACCACCAACACUUCACUUCCAAAUUAUUUCCUUGACGAUGAAGAGUUUCCUUCCCCGCAUGGUUCUCGCCGCAUCCAUGCUGCUUUCGUCUUCGGAUGGGUUUUCGUUUUUGGAGAUAGGAUCGAAGACGCCUUGCGACGCUCGUGAAACUAUCACGAAAUCCGGUCCGUCUUCGCCGGCCAUCAAUCGCGAGAAUGAUUCUCAAACAUGGCAGUCCCGUCGUGAUUCGUUUGCCUCUAUCAUGGGAGCCGCCACCAUUGCUGGAGCAGCCGUGCUGGGGUCGCCUGCCCCUGCGUCGGCAGAGCCCGACUGCUUCAAGGAUUGUCUCAAGAAUUGCUUGAUCAUCGCUCCCCAAGUAAGUAUGACGCAUGGUUCCAACGGAACAUUCAACGCUGCACCGUAGUUUUCGUGUGCUUCUUUGUGUGGCAUCGGAGUUAGUUACGAUUCUUGUUCUUUCUAAAAAGCAAUUCUCUUCCUUGGUCGCACGCGGCGUGUACGCAACAGGACAAAACAUAUUGUACAGAUACGUGUACUAGCUAUUGUGCUCAGACUGAUCGGACCGAUGGAUUGAGUGGAAGCGUGAGCGCAGAGAACGGAGAAGUUGGCAUCUUGGGUGGAAGCUUUGGCCAAGGGACAGUUCCGAAGGGAGAAGAUAAAGUAAGUAGGCUAUCCUUUGAAGCAGAGCAAAGACCCAAUACUAGCACGCCAUACACUGUUUGGGUGUAGUCGGGUUCCGUUGACAGGACGCAACUGGUACGAAACUCACUAGAAUCUUUCUUUCUUGCCGUUUCUCUCAUGCAUCGAACGGGAAAACAGCCACCAUCAAUUAAGCUUCCCGGACUUGACUUCUCAAGCGGCAAUGGCAAAAAAUUGAUCGGCUACUAAAAGCAGCAAGUCAAAUAUGAUAUUAAGAAGAUUGUGAUAAGGAGUAAAAUAUGAGAAUCCUU